UAUUCCACUUCAUUUAAAUUAGACGAACGAAUCAGAGAUCGGCAGCCAGGUUGGAACUCUGGACGCUGCAGAGGAAGAAUACCACUGAUUCAGCCGACCUAAACCAAUGGUCCUUCAAUGCAACAGCUGAUCCAUAUAUCAGAAGAAAGUCAUCCUUUUUCAAAUCACGGUCACGGUGUAGAAAUCCCUCGUACCUUAAGGCAGCUUCACCUUACACUCAGAAAUAAUAACAUCCUCGGGUUGACUUAGAUAAUGACCUGCAGCCUCACUGUGGAGACCUCAUCCACACACUUUUCAGAUCCCAGCAGGGAAAACAUGUUUUGCUGCAGCCGGCCUCCGCAGCCCAGACAAAAACAGCGGUGUGUCCGGCAGAGGAAGCCGCGAGUCCGUGAGCAACAUGUCUGCUGGCCUGUGACACCCAGGUGCAAACACUGUUUUGACAAAUCAGACACUUACGCAGUGUUUCUGCAAUGAACAGACUGUGUGUAGGGGGGUUUUAAGCUUGCUGACAUCAAAGGCUCUUCACCUCCGCCCCCGGCUCAUCCCCUGCCAAAAACACAUCUCCCGUUAGACCAUGAACCAGUUUAAUUAGAUUUCAAAAAAAUAAUAUCCUUUGGAUGCACUUCUGAGAACAUUGUUAUUGGUAAAUAUAACUUGGUUUAAAAUGAUAUAUCUGUGAGUUAAUGCCAGCAGAGUAAAAAGCAGACACGGUGAGCGGAGCCGUCUUUAAAUGUACAAAUAUUUUUCUGAUGAUUCAGGAGUCAAACACAGUUACUUUUAAUCCAGGUCUCUAAUAAAUAUAUAUAUAGCCACAUACAUGUAGACCAGGAAAUACUUGUAUAUGUCCACAAAAUGUAAAUACUUUUCAUUUGUGAAGAAAGAAGAACUGAGAUUUUCAAGGGGAAUGAAAGUAAAAUGUAGGGGGGAAGAACAUUAAAGAAUCCCUGUGUAACAUUUAACAACAUCUAGUGGAAAAAAUAGUGAUAAUAGUGAUAAAAAUAUUUGGUAUAUGCAUAUACACACACACACACACCUAUAUAGGUGUAAAGUAUUUGUUAGUUUUUUGCAGCCACCAUUUGUUGGCUUAUGUCCUGGUUACCUGGCAACGUCAAAGUAACAAUAAGACUAUAGAUACUUACAGAAAAAAGCCAGACUCACUGUAAAACCACGCAGUGUUGUUUUUAUUCUCAAUUUUGAUUGAAGAUGUUAUAUCCGAAGGAGCAGGCAUCAGAUAUGCUUCAUUUGUACAGAGCCAGCCAGCUGUUUCCAGCCGUUGUGCUAAGCUGGCCUGGAUAAUGCUUUUGCUAGCUUUAUAUUUAUCACUAGAACAUGAGAUUGGCCUCAAUCUUCUCAUUAAACAUUCAGUUAAUUUAAUUUCCCAAACUGGAAAAUGUCCCGUCGAUACAGAUUGAAUAUGUUAACCAUUGGGUGCUUUACACAUCAUUGUAGACACACACGCACACACACAAGCCUUUCUUUUCUGCCAUCCAUCUGGAAACACUGUCAGACAGACCAUUAACACACAGUUCAUUCAUUCUGGCUCAGACAAUACUGAUAAAGUGGUCUUGUUUAAACAAAGUCAGAACAGCAGCGAGCCAUAAAGAUACUGUAUGUUACUGCUAAGCAGAGAGAGAACCGGCAUGUAUCCAACAGCGCUGAUAGACACAAUGAUACACGCACACACACACUCACACAGAACCAGGCAGACAGGUCCUCGUGCACAGAGAGUCCUUCCUGUGAAGCUGGGUGUGUAAGACAGGGAGUGCCUGGAAGGCACACACAGGAGCAGACACAGACACACACAAGAAGGAGUGUGUGAGAGUACAGGGUCAGAGUUGGUACAAUAAAUACCGAGUGGAGUCACGUGUGUUUACCCAGUUUAAAGAGCGCGUUGGCUGUGCGCCAGUGCGUACUUCACUCAGCAAACAAGUCAAAAUAAAUAUCGCAGUGGUCACAUUAAUGACUUUAUUUUGAGGCUGAGUGUGUGUUUAUAUGAACUGGUAUAACUGUGUGUGGGAGUUUAUCUUUUUUUUAUCGGAGUAGGAGUUUUCAGAAAUGUAAGUUUGUUUUUUUUAAUUAAGAAAGAUGUACAUUUUUCUAUUGUUUUGUCUAUGUUGCUUUCCAUUUUAAGGUCUAUCCAUAUGUUGGUGUUAUGUGGUCAUCCAGUAUUUACGUAGUAUCAAUUGGAUCAAUUAUCAGCCAUCAGUGACUUCAUACAGGCUAAAUGUCGCUUUUAAAGGGAAAGUUUUUUACGUGGGUAAUGAUAAGAAUAUAUGCGUUAAGUUGAAAGCUAAACUUUCUGUGACGUCAGUGAAAAGUCAGCGAUGGGUAUGUGGGAAACCGUCAGAUGGAAACCUCCCGGUUGUGUCUCUUAAAACAUGGAAGCACAGUGAAAUGAACUCUGUUGGCCUCCACCACAGUUUAAAGUCCAACUUCCUGGAUAAACUUUGAUCUACCUCACUCCCAGCAGAUUUAUACCCACACAGUUUCACUGCACAAUUAAAGGUAAUUACUGACAUUUCUGUUAUGCACACUGACAUCAAGACUUACAUCAAAAUAAAUCGGUUUACAUGAUCUGAUGAACCGCUUGUGUGUCUCUCCCCGUUUUACCUAUUUCCCAGGUCUCAGAAUUUGCUAUAAUAACAAUAAAAUGGAUGGUCGAAACUACACAAAUAAAACCUGAAGAUCAUUUUUCUUUCUAUAGCUUCAACGAGUUUUCUCCAUGAGAUGAGUUGAUGCGAGGAAACUGAUUAGGAUGAAGCAGAACUCUUCAGGAAACUAUCGACCAGACAGCGUCUCAGAAAGGAGGAAGCUUUCACAGCAGAUGUUCCGGCCCCGUCUUGCAGUUAACAGGAAUCCGCAGUGCCUCGUGCGUCUCUUGUGGCCUGCAUCUCUGUCACUACACGUGGUCAAUUAUCUCUCAAAAAAUGACCAGCAAGGAAGAGGCCGGCCCAUUCGAUCCUAUGAGGACAGCUGCUCCAGAGAGUGUGACUGCUACAGGACACUGGGGAUGAUGACGACACAAGGUCAAGACAGGAAAAAGAGGAGAAGCGGAUCCUGGCUGCCUGGCAAAGCAUGCCCUCAGCUCUGUGUGAGGACUUCAGGGCUCCAGGACCGGCUCAGUCUUUCCUGGCCAAGCAGAGGCAGUCCACCCAGGCCAGGAGGGCCGUCUCCCCCCGGCUGCUGCAGAGGUAGCAGCCUCCCUCCGCAGGAAGAAAUGCAGAAGCCCCCCUCGACUCAUGGGCAGGACGCAUUGUGGAAGAAGGUGUGAUUGUGUGUAAAUUCAUUGAAUGACUGUUGUGCUCUAUUUGGUUUGCUGCUGUCACCUCCUGCUGGUCAAUGUUGGAACUCUCGACUGAUAUCGUUUGUUCCACAUGAAAAAAUAAAUAGUAAUCACUGGUUUUA